CGAUUCAUCUUCGAAAUGUGAACCAUGUUAGGAUGCCAGCGGAAUAUUGUACAUUUUGAGUACUACGUGUUUUUACGUACUCGAUGCAUGGCUGCUAUAUAAGUCUUCUCCUUUUUCCCGCUCCAUGUGUUUUGUACACUCUUUCAAACUUAACACCCAAACACACACACACACACACACACCCCCCGAUUUCCCUGUACUUUCUUUGUUGAAACCCCUAGCUACUUGCUAGAGGGUUUGUUUUUAUAUAUACAUCUGUUAGAUUUGCUUUUGAUACUCACAAGCAAAUACAUUUUGAAAUCAAGGGUCGUUGAUUCUUCUCUCAUAAAAAGAUAUGAGAGGUGCCAAUUUGAUCCACAUUUUUUUUGGGGUCUUGGCACUAUGGUCGAGUGCUUCAUGCGUCAAAGCUGAAGAUCCUUACAGAUUUUUCACUUGGGAAAUUACCUACGGAAAUAUUGCUCCUCUAGGUGUCACACAAAAGGGAAUCCUUAUAAAUGGUCAGUUUCCCGGUCCUACUAUUACAGCCGUGACUAAUGAUAACGUAUACGUUAAUGUCGUCAACAAGCUAGACGAGCCAUUCCUCCUUACAUGGCAUGGAAUCAAGCAAAGAAGGCAGUCAUGGCAAGAUGGUGUGCUGGGGACAAAUUGUCCAAUUCCUCCAGGUGCAAAUUGGACCUACAAAAUGCAAAUGAAGGAUCAAAUUGGAACAUACAACUAUUACCCCUCCACUUCGUUGCAUCGAGUGGCUGGUGCUUAUGGAGGACUCAAUAUUUAUGCUCGAUCCGUCAUUGCCAUUCCUUAUCCCAUUCCCGUUGCUGAUUUCACAAUGAUCGUCAGCGACUGGUGGAAUAAAGAACACAAGGUGUUGAAAAAUUUGUUGGAUACAAGCAAACCAUUACCUUCUCCUAACGGACUUUUGAUCAAUGGCAAACCAAGUGGGACGAUCUUCACGGGAACUCCAGGGAAAAGAUACAUGCUAAGGGUGUCAAACUUGUGUGUAUCAAGAUCAAUCAACAUUGGAAUGCAAGGUCACAACAUGACACUAGUUGAAGUUGAAGGAUCACAUACCAUUCAACAAAAGUACAACACAUUUGACAUUCAUAUGGGCCAAUCCGCAACUUUCCUCAUCACCUUGGACAACCAAGUGAGGGACUACGGUAUUAGGGUCUCAAGUCGUUUCAUAAAGCCAAUCCUCAACGCAACUGCCGUUCUCCGUUACGCCGGUUCCCAAAACCAAGUCUCCGGCCCAUAUCCUUCCCCGCCAUCCGAUUAUCACUGGUCCAUGUUGCAAGCUAGAACAAUCAAGUGGAAUUUGACGGCAAAUGCUGCAAGACCAAACCCACAAGGUUCAUACCACUAUGGAAUGAUUCCAAUAGUGAGGACUAUUGUUCUAGCCAACGCGCCUGCCCAGAUCAAUGGCCAAACCCGCUACACGCUCAAUGGCAUUUCUUAUGAAAAUCCAACUACCCCGUUGAAGCUUGCCGAUUACUUCAAUAUUCCGGGCGUUUUCGUCAUGAACGGAAUCAAGGACUCCCCUUCUGGUGUCACCCCAACGGAAGGGGUCUCCGUAUUCGGAUUCACUCUUCAUGAUUUCGUCGAAAUUGUUUUCCAGAACAAUGAGAAAGUCUUGCAAUCAUACCAUCUUGAUGGUUAUGAUUUCUGGACCGUCGGGUUUGCUAAUGGAGUAUGGAACCCCAGCUUGAGGAACCGUUACAAUUUGGACGAUGCACCUACAAGAAAUACCGUUCAGGUAUAUCCAAUGGGAUGGAGUGCAAUUCUGAUCCCAUUUGACAACAAGGGAAUGUGGAACCUAAGAUCACAAGAUUGGGCUAGGAGAUAUCUUGGACAGGAACUGUACAUUAGGGUAUGGAACACUGAACAAAGUCUAUACACAGAGGCCAACAUUCCAGAUAACGCAAUUCUCUGCGGCAAAGCCAAGCAGUAGUAGUAAAAUUUGACUACAGAUCAUCAAAGCUUAGAUAAUUUUCCCAUGCUCAUUACUUAAGAGCAAUUCUUUUUGUUUUUCUCUUUUGGCUUAUUUUCUGCUACCAAUUGGAAAGUCCAGUCACGAGGGUGUGACUGUAAAGAACAAAAUAUAUAUUUACAGAGGGUGGGUGGACCUGUAAUUUUUCACAAAGUUGCCGUCUGCAUUGAGGAUGGUGUAAUUUUUAUUUCUAGUUAAUUAAUGAUUGAUUAUGAUAACAAUAACAAUUACUAGCAUACGUUUGAUCUAUGUGCACUAAUCUCUACAAUUUCAAAUUUUAGUCAACGGUUGAUCUACUCACCG